AUUUCCAUUUCAUUUCAUUUGUUCUCUCUCUCUCCAAAUAUUAUACUACUACUCUACAUACACAAACAACAACAGGGGAUCUAUAUAUCUAUAUCUAUAUCUAUAUCUAUAUAUCUUAUCUCAAUAUCACACACACUCUGUCUCUCUCUCUCUCUCUUGAUCAGAAAAAAGUGGCCCAGAGGAUCCCAGAUUACAUUUCCUUUUCUUUCUUUCUUUUUAUUUUAUAUGUUCAGAUCAUCGUUUUCGACCAGUUUGACGAAUUACUAUUUUAGGUACGAGCUAGGAAUGGCUACUAAAGUACAAUCUAAGACAUAUUUUCCGGGUUCCAUGAUGGAUCUAAAUAACAGUUUAUAUAAUGGAAUGUGGGAUUCAUUUCAAGAUGAUAGAGUCUCUGUCUCCGAAAGGAGUCCAUGUUACGACCCCUACUUGACGAGGCAAACCAUGAAUGGGUACGCCGAAUAUCCUAAAGAACAAAUAAAGCUAACGAUUUUGAAGCAAGAGUCGAUCUUUAGGCAACAGCUUCAAGAACUUCAUCGAGUGCAUAAACGGCAGAGAGACUUGAUGAACGAUAUCACAAUGAAAGAGCAUUACAAUUUGACAAUGCUGGCAGAAGCACCAAAGCCAAGUCAUUUUUUAAGUCAAGUUUCUUCCCAAUUUUCAAAAGAGAUGCAUACUCAGAGAAGAGUGAUCGAUUUAGAACUGCCCGCUGACUUGGCCAAGGGUAAUGAAGAGAAACGAGUAACGAAAAAUGCCCAUAAUUUGGGCACGAAAAGAGCUUAUAAUUUGGCUGAUCUUAAUGAACCAGUUCUAGUGGAGGAAGCAUCCUUUGCACCAUCCUUUAUUAACAAAAACUGUUAUCAAAAGCAAGAUGUAUCUGCAAAUUCGAAUUCAGGGUUAUGGUUCUUACAAGCUCAUGAGCCAAAGAAGCCCCUUGACUAUAUAUCGAGAAAAAGAACGUUAUUUGGUGUGGAACUUUGUGAAAGCAGUCAUACACCGUCUUCUUCACAAUCAGCUCCACGGGAUCAGAAUAUUUCAAUAUUUAGCCAUAACCGUUGGAUUGGCUCCUCUGAUGCAUCGAGGCACAUUCCAGACGAGUUUAAUGGCAAUAAUCGUGCUAGUUUUAGCAUUUCUAGAUUUAUGACAAAUGGUUUAGACUCCAAGGUUUCAGUGUCUGAUUUUCUUAAAGAAGCUCCUGAUAAAUACAACGGUCUUGAUGGGAAAAAUGAAGAAAACCUUGAAAAGCAGCCGCUUUCUUGGCUUAUGAACACCAAAGGGAAAGAAACGACACUUUAUCAGAUGAAUAUGGAUUCUCUGCAGCACCAUUCUCAGCAGUUUUUCAAGAAAGUUGAGAAAGUUCAAACUGAUAAUUGCAAUGGAAUUACAAAGAUUCUUGGGGUCCCCAUUACUGACGUGCCUGCUGACUUUGAGGAUUCUGUCAAAGAGAAUGGUAAAAAUAACUGCAUAUCGGAAAUGAGGCAUCACAUUGAUUUGAAUUUGUCUUUUGAUGAAGAAGAGGAUCCUUCAUCAACGCCGUUCAUUCCAGCAGCCGUUGUCAAAAUUGCUUCAAUGGAGAUUGACUUAGAGGUUCCUGCAGCUUUUGAAGACGAAACAGAUGAUGUUUUCAUUGAUGCCAAUGAGGAAGUCGUUAAAGAUGCAGCAGAGGCUAUUGUAGCCAUUUCAUCAUCUGAGUUUCUCACGUCUUGUGAGACUAGCCAGCCACCUCAGCAAGCACCGUCACCAGCUGACACUGUGCUGCGGUGGUUUGCAGAGGUAAUUGAAUCUGGUCCAAAUUUGAACAACGAUGAAGAGUCUGUUCCUGAAGAUAUGGACCACUUUGAGUACAUGUCGUUAAAGCUUGAAGAAACAGACAAAAUGUAUGAGUUCUAUAAGCCGAUGAUUUUGGAGGAGAAGGAAGAAGAUGAAGGCUUAUUGAAAAAACGGACUAGAAAGGGACAAGGUAAGAGAGGUAGGCAGAGGAGAGACUUUCAGAGGGAUGUCUUGCCAGGUAUUGUUUCUUUAUCAAGGCGUGAAGUGACUGAGGAUCUUCAGAUGUUUGAAGAGGCGUUUAGUGGCAUUGGUGUUUCUUGGCAGUCAAAGAGGAAAGCUUGUAAUAAAAAUGCCAGAGGCAGGCGGCAUUUAGUGGUUCCUACCCCUUCUUCUCCCACAUUGCCGCCACAAGCAUCACCAUCAGUGGCAGCUGUUGAGCAGAGUGUUUGUAGGGAGGCGGCGUUGGAGAAAAGUCUUAGAGGUUGGGGGAAAAGGACGAGACGUCUGCCAAGGCAGAGAUGUCAAAAUAACAACAGUAAUCAUCACUCUCUUGCUUUAAAGUGUUGAGUAGUGUUGUUAUAUAUCCGCACUUAGUGCAAUUUAAAAGCCCACCCUCCAUCUUUUGGAGACCAUUGUUGUACAUAAUUUACACUGUAGACUUUUUAAUUCAUGUCUGAUGGUACAAAACUGAUAAACUUGUCUGUCCAUCACCAAAGUUGGGUUGUUUGGCAAGAUAAACGGCAUUCUGUUUUAUGAGGUCGAUAUAAAACAGGAAUAAGGUGUUUAUUUGAA